AUGAAUAGAUGUUUUUGGUGGCAGUCUACGCUUUGGAUCUCUGGCACUUGGAGUCCGAGGUUGUCUGACAAACUCCUCUUGCAGUUGGAAGCCGAUGCCAAUCGUAUUGAUGCUGCCUUCAUCAGAUUUGACUACAGCGGAAGUGGAACUUUGGAUGAGUCCGAAGUUGCUGCCAUGUUUCAGUUCCUUGGCUUCCCGGACCCAUCCGAGGAUGAAGGAGUCAAAGCUCUGAUUAAGAAGUUGGACAAGGAAGAGUUCAAGCAUUUCGUGGAGGAGUUUGGAGGCUGUGAUGCGCUGUUUGAACGCCGACGAGCCAAAGCAAUGCGAGACCGGGGCACGACUCGCUCUGUCUCCAGUGGUUCUUUGAGCUCCUUAUCCAGGGAAGAGAUCCAGGACAACAUGCUGGGUGCUGGAAUCGAGCCAGAUGCGCAAGCAUAUUGGGAAUUGGUCUUGCCUCCAUCAGAGAUCGAGAAUGUUUGCUUGCUCACAGGAUGCCAAAAACGAGCUGUUUCGAACAUCCGCCGGAUUGCAAAGGUAAAUCACCAAAAGCACCUACCAGCACUGCAGCGGCGCGUGGCUCAACUAGGUUUCAAAGACAUGGACUUGUGGACAACACUUUCUUGGGUUCGCGACUUUGCGCCGUUGAUUGUCCACAUCCACUUCGACAAGAUGUGCAAGUUUCUCCUCGAGGACACUCACUACCGUUCACAGUUUGAAACUGGAAGUUCCUGCGGCCUCAACAACAGGGAGGUCAGAGCAAGAUGGGAACGGGACCUUUUUCAAGGUGCUUACGACGGUUGCAGAGACUUUGAACGACCAAAGUAUGGGGUUUUGAACGUCCACAACGACUACAGAGGUGUUGUCCGUGCCAAACAGUAUGGUGAUUGCUACAUGGUGCUGAAGGAUGCCCGCUUGCGAACCACUUUCUCGCCGGAGGACUCGGCGAACUUGAAGGCCGAACGAUUGGCCUGCCUUGACUACUACGCACAUGUGCUGUAUGAAUAUACUGAUGAGGAGCUCAGAGAAACUCUAAAGGUCGCAACCACUGGGAAGCUUGGAAGCUCUGACACAAUCCUGGCAAAAGGUCUGAAGUACAAAGAGGCUCAGUACCACGGUGAGGUGGCAUUUGCUCGUCAUGUGGAGCGCCUGGUGUUGCCCAAGGUGGACAAAUAUACUGGCCGCACAAAUGAAAUCAAUGAUGUGUGCAAGAAGAAUGGCUGGGAGUGGUGCUGGAUGGAGGAAGAGAAGGCACGCAGAGAAGCAAUGGAGGCAGAAGAUGCUUCAGAUGAGAAGAUCAAUGCCUGGAAACAAAAGCUAAAGGCCAUGGCAGAGGGUCCCAGUGAAGGUGUCAAGGUGCCCGCAGGUUUCUGUGUCAAGGGUUGCGGAAAGCCGGUGGCUCCUGGACUCACCAAGAAUGGAAAUCCUUACAAGACCUGCUGCCGAGGUUGCGCUUUGGGCUUUGGCCAUGACCUGCGGUGCGGCUUGAAGGAUGGCGAACGGCCUCCGUGCAAGAUGGGUUGUGGAAUGUUGGCGGCUCCAGGCAAGACCUCCAAAGGAAGAGCACUGGACACCUGCUGUCGGGGUUGCGCCAAAGGCCCACCAGCGUCUAUCGAGACCUUUGCCCCCCUGGGUUCUACUGUGCCGAGGCGUCCGCUCAUGCACGGAGACGUUUGCGUCAUGAAAAAGGAUUUCUACCUUGCACAGAAGGUAGCCCAAUUCUGCUUGCGGCAGAUCAUGCGAAAUCGCUUUGAGUUUGUGGCUCUGGAACAGCAACGUUUGGCACGGGCCAAUUUACCCCUGAUUGACAGGAAGGAAAUGACGGAGAUCUGGGCCAGCUGGAUGCAGGAUUUCGAGUUGCAGUACUGCCAGGAAGAUGCCAUCAUGGCUGUUUGGGAGAAGUACUACAUGAACGACAUCAAAGGCAAUGACGUGCGUGCGGGCAUCCUUGCUAUGAUCCAAGCAAUACAAAGUGUGGACUUCCUGAAGUCCCAGCUGUUGAACAAGCUGCAGAUUUUGCCAGAGAACUACCGCAAUAAGUGCAGUGAGCACAGCCCCUUGCUCGGCGAUCAGGAGUUUGCGCCAAGAGCAUGUCCAAAUCCUGAUCAGCCGUGCAACAAUGUCUCACAAUUGGAGUGCCUGUGCAAAGCACCAUCUACGGCGAAGAUGCUUGACUGCUUCGACGGAGACUAUCCAGAUCCACUUUGUGUGAACACUGCCGAGGACGGAUCUUGCUUGGAUCCUUCCACAGAUAUCCAGAUUGGUGGGACGAUCGAUGACUUUGACCUCAUGGCCGGUCACUACCUGUCCUAUGUCCAGCAGUCUCUGAAAGAGGAAAUGCAAGCGCAGAAGAGUGCGAUGCAGAACACCAUGACACGUUGCCCGUUCGGCACUAUGACGACUGCCGACGGCUCGAUGCUCUUGGGCGAUUGUGUGAAGAGAAAGUCGGUCCGCUACGUAGAAGAGCAGCUGGACAUGACAGUUCUACGUGCCAAUCCUGUCGAUACCUACCUUUCUCCAAAGAAGUGGGCAAAAUCAGCAGGAAAUCGGGAUGCCAAUGAGGGGGAGUUCCGGCCUGUAUACGCUGCUUCUGCUGGCAGCGUUUCGCUCAUCACCUUCGACAUACGGCACUUCCCAGACGAGUUUCGGUAUGGAAAGCACUGGCGUAUCAAGUUCUUCGUCGGCUCGACGCUGGACCCUCUCUAUGACGACCCGAUUGAGUGCGACUCAUUAGUCGCAAAGAGGACUGCAGACAAGCGAGACUUAGAUAUUCUCCUCGCAGAAAGCCGAGGGUGCGCAGAGUUGUCUUUGCCUCCUGCUUUCGUGCAAGAGGGCUUGCAGCAAGGGGAGAAUGGUGGGGCCUUGGCCAGUGGGGUUUUCACUUUCAUGCUACACCCAUUGGUGGAUAUUGAAUGGCGAGUGGAGGUGCAGAUCGUGGACGGCGUUUUCCAGCCAGAUGCCUUCAUGCUUUUGAGCUCUGCCCUUGUGGAGUAUGCCGAGCCGGCCCGUGCCACAGUUGGAACGGCCCAGUCAUUUGCCAUUAAACUCGACUCGGAACUCUCGUUGGAGUUGCCAGCCAACAUGCCGAUGAAGUCCUUCACCCAAGGAGCUGACCAGCGAGUCAUCACGCAGGCGUUUCUCAACUGGCUCCCAGUGUCAGUCCCGUUGCAGAAUUACCACAGACCUAUUGCGACGGCAGUGGCAGGCGGUGAGCAAGAGUACGUUUUCCGAGAGAAAGGGGACUAUUGGAGAGACAGCACAGCUGGCUUCUCAGUGAUUCCUCAGGUCACCCAGCGUCCU